ACAGACCAACAACAACAAUAUCAGUCACAGCCAGGCCAUCUAUAGAAAAUUUCUCAUGGAUAACAAAAUGGAACUGUUGCACAACAUCAACGAAUCGAUAAGGAGCAUAGAAGAAGCUCUCGCAAAAAGCGAGAACGAAGCCUGGGAACAGUACGAGUUUUUGAACGAAGAGGCACCAAUGGACAGAGAAGACGAAUCUCUCUCCGCCUACAGACACACAAAAAUAAGCCAAAUAGCUGAAUACUUGAACGAAGUGACCGAAGAUCUUCACAUGAGGAAAACAAAACUGCUCCAGACCAGGGCCCUAUUAUGUAAAACUAUAGAAAAAAUUUCUGAAGAUUCACAAAUAUAUGACACCCAAUGAUAAUAAUAAUAAAUAAAACAUCGAAAAAACAAUAAUAAGUGUUUACUUUAACUUUGACCUUUACCAUAGAAAAGUGAUUUAUAAAUUCUUA